AUGUCGCGUCGCGCGCCUUCCCCGCCGCCCCUCACCGCUUCCCCCCUCACUGUCCCAGACAGCCCUUCACCUCGGUCCCCCCGUGGUGACCGCACGCCGCUGGCGCCUGUGAUGGCCGCUCCUGCCACAGCUGAGCCCAUGCCAAUGCGCCUCCCCGCUGCGCUGGACAGCCCGCCGCCUUCCCCGCCUUCUUCACCAGGCGAGGGCGACGUCACACCGGAGUUCGCUUUGCCUCCGUUGGCAUCGACCUGGAACCUGAGACACCUCCGCCGCAUGACACGGCCUUCGCCGUUGUCCGCGACUACUCCACCCGCACCUUCUCGCGGGCAGACGCUCCUGAACCCGUGGAGCCGCUCCACAUCCGCGCCGUUUGCUGCCGACGCCUCGCGGGGCCUGCCAUGGAUUUUGUUGAGCUGCCGGACGCUCGCAUGCACUGGGCGCCGGUGCCGCAGCGGCGCACGGACGAGAGCGCUGGGUGUGUGGACGCUGCCCCUUUGCGCAGUCUCCCAGGCCGCUAGCGCUGGAGCUUGCGACCGCCCACCCGUCGACGAAGGCGCUCCGGCCGGAGCGACCGAGCACCCAACGCCGCACACGCACGAUGGGCCCGCGCCCUGGCCGCCGCCUCACCGUCCCGACGCGCAUGCAUCUAUUGGUAACCUCGGCCCGCCGCCACUGCCAUUCCGUGACGGGACUAACUCGCGUGUUUAUGUACCUCUUCUGCUCGACGCAGCCGGCCUCCUGCCGGCCGAUGCGCAGCGCGCGUGGCGGACACAUGCCCCAAUCGGCGAGUGGUGGCCUGCCGCAGUCGCGGCCCUGCUCGCCCGGCCCUUCAUUCCCGUGCGUGAGCUUUGCACAGCAGUGGAACAUGUUUCCCAGGCCUUUCCACCGCAGGCCCUCGUCUCCAGCACACUCGAGCGCUUCUGGUCAUGGGCCCCGCCUCGAGUCGCACAGGUCGCGUCGCUUGCAGAGGUCCUCCGCGCGAUCACCUUGGCGGAUGAAGGCCACUACAUCGCGGCCCCUCUGCAGGAAGCCUUAAUCGCACUCUUGGUCGGCGCGGCGGCCGCAUCCACCUUGGAGCGAAUCGUUGACCGCUUGCGUGCAAGCGAGCCUGGUGCCGCCUUGCUGCCCGCGCCAGCAGCCCCUGACUCCGCCGCUCCGUUGGAAGCACCCACACAUGCGAGUGCCCCGCCCGAAGCCCCCGAUGCUCCCGCGCCAGCGCAGCCACCCCUGCGGUCCCACGUGCACACCGAUGCCGCAGCUCGGGCGGAGCAGCACCUCGCCUCCACCGCGCAGCUUGCCGCAGCCGCAGCUCGCGGCCGACGUCGCGGACGCGGGCGAGGGCGAGGCCGAGGCCGGCACGCCUCCUCGCCUCCUGCCGCCUCCCCUCCCGCUCCAGCCUCAGCGCCGGGAGACGGCCACGACGGCCCUCCCCUCGCAUCCCAGGCGCCUGCCCUUACAACGGCAGCCCAGCGCCGCGUCUCUGCAGCCGAAAGCGGUCUGCUGACGGGCCUGGCUUCCCUUGACGGCGUCGAUCUUCAGGACACUUUGCAACAGCGCCUCCUCACAUUGCAGGGGGUUCCUGCGCGCCUCCGCGGAGCCCUGCGUACGGCUCUCCGCGCGGGCCUGCAGCUAAUUGCCGACCGUGAGUCGCCAGCGCAGGAGCUGCGGGGCUGGAAGCUUUUCUGUCUGGCACCUCGCAUGCUUCUGCAGCGUUCAAGCGGAGAGUCGCUCAUCCCACCUGCGGAGCUCGAUCGCCGCUGUGACCUCUUCGCACGCGGCGUUUGGCCAGAACUACUGCAGCUGGCAUCGGGUUCCGCUGCUCCCCGGUCCCGCACGGGCAUGCCGACGGACGACCUCGCUGCUCGCGCUUCCCGAGCUACAGCCCUUGUGCACAUUGGCGAGCUUUCGGCCGCCGGUCGCGCGCUCGUUGCAGAACCACUUGCACCCGGCACCGAGGCAACCCUCGCCGAGCUGCGGGACCCUUCACGGCGCCCCCCGACUCCCUACGCGCCGCUGCCGCAAGACAUUGCCACGUACCAAGCCGCCGACCCCUGUCCCUUCCCGCUCCCAGCGUUCGUGGCAUGUCUGCGGUCCGCAAGGAGGGGGGCGGCAGCUGGACCGUCAGGGGCCACCAACGAGCAUGUGCGUAUCCUGCUCGACGACGAGGGUGAUACCCAGCUUUUGCACCGCGCAGCCUGCCGCCUUGCACGUGCCGACCUCCCGCCGCCCGUUUUGGCUGCUUUGCGCGUCGGCCGGCUCACCGCGCUGCAGAAACCCAACGGACGCGGCGUCCGCGCCCUCGUCAUCGGGGAUGUCCUUCGGCGCCUGGUCGGUGAACAUAUCCUGGAUUUGAUUUGCGAUUACGUCGCGACACAUUGGAUCCCAAAAACUUCGGGUCUUCCCAAUGUGCUCUGGCACAUCGUCCGGAUGACGUGA